AUGGCGCCCUUCUUUGGCAAGUUACGAGGCAAUGCGGGAUCUGGCCCGCACAACUCCGCAUCCUCACCCACCAAGAAGGAGAAAGAAAUCCCUCCCACACCUUUGACGCCGCUUGAGAAGAUGCUUCAAGAUGCUGGCCCGUUGCGGAAUGACGGCAGUGACAAAUUUUUCGGAAUGGAAAACGCUCAGUAUGGAAAUACCUGCUACUGUAAUUCGAUUCUUCAAUGCCUUUACUACUCAGUCCCCUUUCGAGAAUCCGUCAUCAACUACCCUAGACGUUCCCCAAUAGAAACUCUCAACGACUCCCUCGCGAAGAAUUUACAUUAUCCAGACACAAAUGCACAGACAGAGGAUGCACAUCAGGCUAAACAAAAGACUUCCGGUAACCCUGCCGUCAAGUCAGGUAUAUCUCCCCCAGCGCAGCCACAACGGCCAGAGGAUAAGGAAUCGCCCGAAUACAAGAAAAAGGUCGCAAUCAACACACUUCCAAUCCUGGAAACAAGGAAUAAUGCUACAAGUUAUGGCAUGCAAGAAUCUCUAUUUACCUCCCUGAAGGACAUUUUUGAGGCCGUCGUUGCAACCCAAGAGAGGAUAGGUGUCAUCCGGCCUUUUAGUUUCCUGGAAGUGCUUCGACGAGAACAUGAGAUGUUCAGAACUGCCAUGCAUCAAGACGCUCAUGAAUUCCUUAAUCUACUGCUAAACGAAGUGGUAGCCAAUGUUGAAGCUGAAGCCAAACGUUCACCACCACCAGAGGUGGAUCAGCAGUCGGAAAGCGGAGAGGCAUCGGAGCAUGCCACAACCACAGGGUCUGUAGCAACGACUCUAACAGCAUCCAAUGCUUCCAAGUCACCGAACACCACACGCUGGGUACAUGAGCUAUUUGAAGGGACGCUGACCUCCGAAACCCAAUGCCUCACAUGCGAAAAGGUAUCACAGCGAGAUGAAGUCUUUCUGGAUCUAUCCGUCGAUCUUGAUCAGCAUUCGUCAGUAACGUCCUGUCUGCGAAAGUUUUCAGAAGAGGAGAUGCUCUGUGAGCGGAAUAAGUUUCAUUGCGAUAAUUGCGGAGGGCUUCAGGAAGCUGAGAAACGGAUGAAGAUUAAACGGCUACCGCGGAUAUUAGCACUGCACUUGAAACGCUUCAAGUACACUGAGGACUUGCAACGACUCCAAAAGCUGUUCCAUAGAGUGGUGUAUCCCUACUAUCUUCGAUUAUUUAACACAACAGAUGACGCAGAAGAUCCCGAUCGCCUCUACGAACUUUAUGCCGUGGUCGUCCAUAUCGGUGGUGGGCCCUAUCACGGCCACUAUGUUGCUAUCAUUAAAACGGAAGAUAUGGGCUGGCUGCUUUUCGACGACGAGAUGGUGGAACCAGUCGAUAAGAAUUACGUCCGCAACUUUUUUGGAGACCGGCCAGGUUUGGCUUGCGCAUACGUACUCUUCUAUCAGGAAACGACCUUUGAAGCGAUGCAAAGAGAGCAGGAAACCGAAGGCAUGACUGCUGCAGGUCGAGCAUCUGUUGACACCAAGGAUUUGGUAUCUAGCUCAUAUCACAAAAUGAACGGGUCUGCGGCUAGCUCCAAUGAAAUCAAUCGUGUACAUACGAUCAUCCCGGCUACAGAACGUCAACCAAUGUCACCUCUAAAGCGGGCCCCCACGGCACCUCAACCUUCCACGCAUCCUGAGAAUAUAGCUCCACUGACACCCACGACUUCCCCCUCACCCCUUAAUUCUAAGAAGAGCGAUAUUCUUUCGAUAAAUGAGCGAUUAAAGGAGGAGAAGGAGCGGAAAGCUGCAGAGAAGGAGAAGGAAAAGAAGGGAAAGGGAAAGGCGGAGAAAGAGAAGGAGAAAGCCGAGAAGCAGAAACGAAAGGAAACAGAAGCUCUAUUAAAGGAGGCUAAACGACAAGAUGCCGAACUCAAAGCUGCAUUGGAUGCCAGGAAGGCUUCCAAGGCUGAGGAGGUUCGUCGCAAUGGCACAGCUACUCGUAACGCGAAGGAAAACGGUGUGUCUACAGCGUUCACUGGAGGCCUAGGGCGGUUCAAGCUGGGCAGUAGGAGUUUGAGCCAUGGCAGAUUUUCGAAGGAUAAAGAAAAGGCUUCUAAAUCCUCGCUCGAAAUGCCGCCGAUACCCACUAUUCCAUCUCCUACUCCUGCCCCCUCCCCCGCUCCCAUGCCAGUAUCAACCCUGGAUCCCGUCAUCGCAUCCCCUGCUGCAGACGUUUACCCCUCCAACAAUUGGCCUCUGAAAGAAGAAGUGUAUUCCACAUUUACCGAAGUCACCACCCCCAUAAACGCUCUCAGUAACCACACGAAUGUACGGCAAUCCGAAGAACUCCACAAUAGCAGCAAUCACAACAGCUGCAACAGUAACCCCCGCAAUGACGACUGCCAGGGAGAGCCAAUAAAAAAGGCUGGUUCCAAACGGAGCAGGUUCAGUUUACGGAAGAUAUCGUUCAGCGUGAUAUAA